UGGCCUGCCACUGCUCCCCGAGCCACACACAACAACAUGAACCAGGCUGGCUGGACCGGGAAAAGAACCGACAUGCUCCCGGAGAUCGCCGCCGCCGUAGGCUUCCUCUCCAGCCUCCUGAGGACUCGGGGCUGCGUGAGUGAGCAGAGACUUAAGGUUUUCAGCGGGGCUCUCCAAGAGGCACUAACAGAGCACUACAAACAUCACUGGUUUCCUGAAAAGCCAUCCAAGGGCUCCGGUUACCGCUGCAUCCGCAUCAACCACAAGAUGGACCCCAUUAUCAGCAAGGUGGCCAGCCAAAUCGGACUCAGCCAGCCCCAGCUGCACCAGCUGCUACCCAGCGAGCUGACCCUGUGGGUGGACCCAUAUGAGGUGUCCUACCGCAUUGGGGAAGAUGGCUCCAUCUGCGUCCUGUAUGAAGAGACUCCGGUGGCCACCUCCUAUGGGCUGCUCACCUGCAAGAACCAAAUGAUGCUAGGCCGGAGCAGUCCCUCAAAGAACUACGUGAUGGCGGUCUCCAGUUAGAUCCCUGCUGCCCCUGCCCUGGCACUCUACUGUACUCAUUCUGCCGUGACAACAGGCCACUGCAUACCUCAACCUGGGGAACUGUAUUUUUAAAUGAAGAGCUAUUUAUAUAUAUAUUAUUUUUUUUUUUUAAGAAAAGAGGAGGAAAAAAAAAAACAAAAGAUUUUUUUUUUUUUUUAAAGAAAAAAAUCCUUAAAGGGAGCUGCUUGGAAGUGGCCUCCCCAGGUGCCUUUGGAGAGAACUUUUGUGUGCUUGAGUCUAGGAGCCAGUAUUUGCCU